AUGGAUUUAAAAAGCGCGCAGUGUAUUUGGGAUGCCCUCAACGAUUUGCACAAAAGUGACAAGCAGGUGAGGAGGAGGGAGCAUAAACUAGCGUACGAUAAAUUUAUGGACAAACACAUGGGGAAGAUGAAGCAGUUGAGGGCGAUCAAACCCAAGUUCUGCUUCUGCAUCGUGACGGACGUGGAAAAAGUGUCAAUCAAGACAAAGGCAAGUGAGCACAAAGAGAAGAUCUGUGAUUACUAUGUGUAUGUAUAUCACAGCAGCAAAAUGAAAGCGCCCACGCUCCCGAAGAGUUUCCCUAGCAACAUGGAAGAAGUAAAUUACAAUAACAUCUCCAUUAGUACGUGUAAAAUAAAAGGAGAAAGCUCCAGAGACAUGUACGCAGAAGCUGUUAUUCACUCGGACGUUCACAAGCAUUUCCACAAUGUAUAUUUUAAAAAUAAAAUUAUCCAAAAAAUAUUAACAAUAUUAAAUGAGUCAGAACAAAUUCUUAGCAGUGAUGUACGAAUAAAUGGGAACUGCUUCAAAUAUAACGACUUGGGAUAUGUCCCGAAGACGAAACAUUUUUUAAAUCCGCAUUGUGUGGAUGGCACAUUAGAAAGAGAAGACUCCACAUCGGUGGACGAAAGUGACAUAAAAUUUUACAACAUGUUAAGUCAAAAACAGCUUAAGAGUAAUGAUACUAAGGAGGAAGAGAAAGAUGAAAUAAAAAUAUACGACGCGUCCAGUAACAUACUGAAUGAUAUACAGUCGGUCAGGACCACCAAACGGGGGAAAAAUGACGAUGGUGAACGGGGGCGCAUCCCGAGGCAGGUGAAGUCGUAUCACUACACAGUUAUUGAUAGGUCAGAGUUCGAAAUGGAAAAAUACCUCCAUAUCAUCGUCACCUUCAACAGAAUCUCAUACGAAGAGUUGGAGAUUUUGAAAAAAGGCAGCACCGUCGAGAUUUACGUGUCUAACAGACCGGAUGAUUGCAUGACUUUGACCUUCAAGCAAAACUUAAGCGAAAAUAUCAAAGCUUAUUUCAAUGAAAAGGGCCUGAAACUGACCAUCAGCGUGGAGCUUCUGUACUGA